AUGAAUCCACAAAAAGUUCGAUUAGCACAAGUUUUAGAAGUGGGUUACUGUAGAUUUUGGCGGCGGGAAAUUUGAAAAUUUCAAAAAAUUUUUGCAGAGGAGACGAAUUCAGGAGAAGAAGGAGAAGGCGAAAAAAGUCAAGUGAGUUUGGGCCUAAAAUAGGCCUUUUCAGGCCUAAAAUAGGCCUUUUCAGGCCCUUUAGGCCUGAAAUAGGCCUUUAGGCCCUCUAAAAGCCCCCUUUUUUUGCAGGCCAAAAAGUCGCAAGAAAAAUGAGACAAAUCGAGAAUUGUACAUCAAGGCGAGCAUGGAAACCGCAAAACCCAGUGACGACACAACGGCCACCGAGUAGGUCAAAUUUUGGCGGGCCCCAAAAAUUAUGCCACGUGGCUUUUUCGCCGCGAAAUUUGGAGCAUUUUGACACCAAACAAGGCUGGGUACCGAAAAUGCGUCAGCAAAGCUCUAUGCUGACGUGUUUUUGGUAGCUACAAAUUGUGCGCCAAGGAGAGUCUAUGCGCGAAUUUUGAAAAUUCAAAAAUUUUUGAAUUUCAAAAUUCUCGCGCUUCAAAAAUCAUGAGCUACAGAAAACGCGUCAGCAUUACACUUUGCUGGCGCAUUUUUUGUACCCAGCCUUAUUUGGUCUCAAAAUGCUCCAAAUUUCGCGGGGAAAACGACACGUGGCAUAUUUUUAGCGGAAAAAUUUGGAAAUUCAAAUUUUUCGCAGAUUUUCACCUGACGAAUUCGAUGACGAAAAAUUUCAAAGCAUCAAAAACGAGCUGCUGCGAAAUCUGAUGCUCGAAAAUCUGAAACUCGACAAAUAUCUGAAAAUUUUGGCUGAAAAUGAGAAAAAGCUGAAAAUGAUGGAGGAGUCGGUGAUUAAGUGGUUCGAUCGAUAUGAGGAAAUGUUACGGGGUUUCGAGGAACAAAUGAAUUUCUAUGAUCAGGGAAGAGAGGAAAAUAUGCAACAAUUGCUUCUGGAGGUACUGUAGGGCCCUUUUUUUGCAAAAUUCUGAUACCAGGGGCGUUUUCCCCGCGAAAUUUGGAGCAUUUUGACACCAAAUAUGCUGGGGUACAAAAAUUGCGCCAGCAAACAUGUUCACUGACGCGUUUUUUGUAGCCUAUGAUUUUUUUGGGGACGAAAUUUGAAUUCAGCACCUAAUUUCGAUCAUUUUGACACCAAAUAUGCCGGGAUACAAAAUUUGCGCCAGCAAGGUGUAAUGCUGACGCGUUUUUUGUAGCUCAUGGGUUUUUGGCGGGAAAUUUGAAUUUUCAAAUUAAAAAAAAAAAUUAUAUCAUGUGACCACUCUUUCAAACCAGAAUUUCAAGGGGAAUUCGAAAUUUUCCAAGAAAAAGGUCAGGGGUUCGAGCCCCACUGCCUGCGAACUUUUUUAUUUUUUUGAAAAUAUAUCAAACGACCACUUUUUCGAAUCGGAGUUUCAAGGGGAAUUCAAAAUUUACCAAGAAAAAGGUCAGGGGUUCGAUCCCCGCUGCCUGCGAACUUUUUUAUUUUUUUGAAAAUAUUUCAUGUGACCACUCUUUCGAACCGGAAUUUCAAGGGGAAUUCAAAAAUUCACUCCAAAAAUUAAUUUCAGGUCGAACCGCUGGCCCAUCGUUGGAAAGAGCUCAUAAAUCGUCUGGAAAAAAUGAAAGAAGUCAAAAAUUUCAGCUCAUUUCUGAAUUACGCGCACAGUCUAUCGAUUUAUGAGCAUUGUUUGCACUACGGUAUUUUGGCGACUCGGAAAAUAUUGUACACUUUUGCUGUUAUUCGGGAUUAUGUGUUUCCAGGUAAUCGAAAUGAAAAAAUGGAGACAGCUUCGGAGAGAAGCCCUUUAGUAGCUGUUAAAUGA